GUACCGUCGUAGCGGGGGAGCCCAAGAGGUGAACAGUCCCACAGGUAAAAUCCGAAGACCGAAUCAGUUCUCGUUGGCAUACCGACGUCUGAGGGCCAAAAAGGUCGAAGAAGACAGACACAUAUAACAUUUUCCCCUUUUAAGGAUUCUCCCGUCGCACAGGAUGAGGAUACGACUGAGCACCAUCAUCGCAUCCUUCUUGCUAUCGGCUGUAAGGGCAGAAGAGACGGACUUCGCCGAAUUGGCGUCCAACUUCCUUCAGGAGUCACUCAAGAACGGAGACGUCUUGGGCAAAAUCGCUGAAGGUCUCGGGGGUAACGGAGCUUUGAAUGCUUUCGCGAGCGCCAUGGCAGGAGACGGCAAAGGAGAAGCACCUCCGUUGCACCUUCUCGCCUCUUUCCUUCCGAUGCUACUGAAUCAGAAUCAGGGCCAUAAGCACAGCGACGACCCUAUGAUCGAAGACGCAUCGGGCCAUAAGGAUUUCGAGUCUGCGACCGAUAGAAUCGUCGGGGCCCUCGGCCUCGUUUGGGACUUGAUCAAAGAGACUGAUUAUGUCAAGAGCGUCCAACAUCACCCGGCUGUCAAGAGUGUCAUAGAGUACGUUGGAUCGAUAAGCAACCCGUUGGAGAUGCUGGACAAUUACUUGGAAAUCGUCGAAAAUCCGACGUCGAGGAAGGAAGUGCUUAAGAUGCUCGUCUCCAAAUUUACCAAAUUUCUCAAAGCCCUUCCAAACGAAGAAGCAGAAAAAGUUUAUACAAUGCAGCUAGCUAUAAUGGUGAACAAUUUGUUGAGGCAAAACGGCUACAAAGAGCACGAGAUGUUCCACCCAGGAAGACAUAUCGAAGAUUCAAUCAGCAAUGUUAUAAACAACAUUGCCCAAAAGGAAUUAUCACUUCCGAUAAAGUCGGAUCUUAUUGUCCGCCCCUUGUUUUCAAAACUUAGAGAAUUGAUAGCGUUGGCCAGACAGCAUGAUCCAAAUGACAAAAUGUUACAAGAGAGGCUCGUGAAUUUAUUUAAUAGUGAGCUCUUCGAGAGCUUCCUCAGGACAUGGAGGGCGCACAAGUACUCAUCUCAACAUCACAUGUGUGACAAGUACCUCCUGUGUGAGCUUAAUAGGCAAGAGCACCAUACAAAUUUUAUGGUGAAACCUGUUAUCACGAAAAUAACCAGCGUGAUAUCCGCUUGGUUCUUGUCAGGACAGACUGGAACCCCUUUUAACGAAUUAUACGAUGCCGCAUUUUCCGGUUAUAACUGCGAGUUACGAUUCCCACAAAAUUGUCGAGCCUUCCAUGAACACGAUUUGAGGGCGACAAAGACCUAUGUUCAUACCGAAUUGUGAAGAAAAGGAUUAUAAGAGAAAACCGAAAGCUGGGGAAGAGCAUUGUGAUGAGGAUUUUAUUUUUUGUUUUUCCUAUAGUAAAAUUCUAUCCUUACAACAUUCCCCAAUGUGAUGUUAGUCAUAAAGUAACUAUUUGAUUAUAAUAAUUAUAUAACUGUAAAUUACAUAUGAACAUACAAAGUUGUAAAUUAUUUUUAACAUAUAUAUUAAUUAAAUAAAUAUCUUUUGUAAUAAUUA